CUCUGUGAGAAAGCAGAAAGUUACAGCAGGACCUUCUGCUGGUCUGACAUCAUCUGCUCCGGGAUCUUCCGCUCCGGCAACAAUGACCGACUUGUCUGGAGUGGGUAGGAAGUUUGGUAUCAAGAUCAACAUCGUGCCGGGCAGCGAGGUCGUCAAGUGUCAGCUGCGACUACGCACGUGCAUCUACUGCGGCACAUUCAGAACGAGGCUGGCCGGGGUGCUGAAGAUGCAUGUCAACGAGAAACACAGGUACAGGUGUAAAGCCUGUCACAGGGCCUUCCCAGACAAGAGGGCGGAGCGACUCCAUCGUCUUUGGUGGCACCAGAAUGAGCAGCAUCACUGUGUGCAGUGCUGCAAGACGUUCGCGUCCCACAAGGCGUACAGGAGUCACGGCAAGUGUCAGCAGCACAGUCUGGUGCUCCGAGCUCGGGCAGAUGUCUUCAACCAGGUGAUCAGCAUCUUGGGCAAAUCAAGUACAGACGGCAAAUACAUGCUGGUUACAGUUAUACGGUGUCAGACAUAUGAUUAAGGACCACACAGAUAAUGAGAGACCACCCCUGCAAUUGGCAAUGCCGUGGAGACUGCCGUGUAUUUUUUCGUUCUCUGUGGCAUUGUUUUGCCGUGGACUAUAUUGGAUUUUUUUUUUCAAGAUGUAUUAUUUCAUUAUUGUUAAAAAUAAAAUAUACUUUGUGAACUGAACAUAGA